AGAAUCACACUCUUCUAGCAUUUCUUGCUUAUCUUCUCUCUUGUAUUCCGGAUGCAAGAGACAAAAAUACCCAGAACUUCUAUCAAUUUCAACGUCAACUCCCGUUACCGUUACUUCACGGCAAACUAAGACAAUCACUGUUGGCAACAAAACUCGCGAUCUUUUUAACGGCGACCGUUAUCGUUAGCCUUUCUUUAAUUUCUAGUCUCCUCCUUAGAAGAGAUCUCUUUUAUCAUUUUAUGUCAGUUUGAUUAUUCAUUGAUUUUUGAGAUUAUUCCUUUAAAGGUAAAUUUCCAAUUCUCUCUUUUUAAUCAGUUUUUUAAAGAUUUCUCAUUUUGUUGAUGCAUAUCAAAUGUAAUUACUGUAAAGUUUUAAUCUUUAUUUAAUUCUAUGGUUACCCAAUUGGUUGAUUAUUUGUUAAUGUUCUAGUUAUAGUAAUAAAUUUGUGUUUUUUUUUCCUUCUGUUUGUCAAGUAAAAGGCUUGAUCAUAUGGUGUAAUUUUAGGGUUUUGUUGAUCAGAAAUUGUUUUUUAGAGCUGAACUGAUACAUAUAAGUAAUACCCAGUUGAUUGAUAAAGCUUGAUAAACAGUCAAUAUGGGAGAGGAUUUGCUUACAAGCCUAUCUAUUGAGAAUCAUCACCCAUCAACAUUAUUAUCUAUGGAUUCUAGUUUAGCUUCUCAUGAAGAAUCAGAUAGGGAAAUGAGUAGGUCUAUGAUUCUAUCUAGGCCGCCGGAUAUCAAUCUUCCGUUGUCAGCCGAGCGUAGUCCUCCUCCACCGUCUUGGAAUUCCGACUCAUUCGAUAUAUUAGAUGUUGGAUUCGGGACUCAGAUUAAUGAGUCUGAUAUUUAUCUAAAUCUUCCUAAGGCCGGGCGUAAAUGUGCUAAGAGAUUGGAUAGUGUAUGGGGUGCUUGGUUCUUCUUUACGUAUUAUUUUAAGCCUGUAUUGAAUGAAAAGUCGAAGAGUAAGGUUGUUUGGGAUAGUAACGGGGUUUCCGGGUUUGAUAAGUCUGACCUUGAGCUCGAAGUGUUCUUGGUUCAGCAUGAUAUGGAGAAUAUGUAUAUGUGGGUUUUUAAGGAAAGGCCUGAGAAUGCUUUGGGUAAAAUGCAGCUGCGUAGUUAUAUGAACGGACAUUCUCGUCACGGGGAGCGUCCGUUUCCUUUUAGUGUUGAGAAGGGAUUUGUUCGAUCUCAUAGGAUGCAAAGGAAGCAUUAUAGAGGCCUUUCAAAUCCCCAGUGUCUGCAUGGGAUUGAGGUUGUUACCUCUCCGAAUUUUGAGGUUGUCGAUGAAGAAGAACAAAAGAGAUGGAUGGAGUUUACCGGUAGGGAUUUAAACUUUUCUAUCGCUCCUGAAGCAAGUGAGUUUUGUUCAUGGAGGAACCUUCCUAACACAGAUUUUGAGCUCGAGAGACAUCUUCCUCCGUUGAAGACUAAUUCACAGCCUCAUUCAAAGAAACUGCUUAAUGGUUCGGGCUUAAAUUUGUCAACUCGACCAUCUAAUGGCAACGGAAUGGAUCUCUCGCCUGUUUGCAACAAGAGGAAGAAGGAUUUAUUCCUAAAUGGAACUGAUGAAGAUUGCUGUUUGCUUAUGAAUCAGCAUAACGACAGAGUUCAAGAUACAGAAACGCAUCCGAUUGAAUUGCCUUGGUUAAAUGAUUUUAGUGGAGUGAUGAGGAAUGUAUACGGACCAGUUACAUGUGCGAAAACAAUCUACGAAGAUGAACAAGGAUACCUAAUAAUUGUCAGCUUGCCUUUUGCUGAUCUUAAAAGGGUUAAAGUUACUUGGUGGAAUAAUUUAACUCAUGGCGUCGUGAAGAUUUCGUCUUUGAGCACAGCAUGUAUGCCAUUUAUUAAAAGAAACGAUAGAACAUUCAAGCUCACCGAUGUAUCUCCAGAGCAUUGUCCUCCAGGUGAGUUCAUAAGGGAAAUUCCUUUACCAACUCGGAUUCCAGAUGAUGCUCAGCUUGAAGCUUAUGGAGAUGAAACAGGAACAGUUUUAGAGAUCAUGGUGCCUAAACAUCGUGUCGGACCUGAAGAACACGAAGUCCGUGUUUGCCUUCGCCCACAAUUUGGAACGAGUGAGCUAUUGUUAUCUUAAAUAAGUGUAGAGAUGGCUGAAGUUAGGUCUAAGAAACAAAAAUUUCUAAUUUGUGUAGUUCUAUACUUUCUUUCUCCUGAUCAGAUCUUAAUUUAAGCAAAUAUGUCUCGUUUUGACAUAUAAUUUACUGUUAUUGAAUAUCUUUGGCCGUGAUCAUCUCAGCUGAUUGUUGAAUUGAAGUUGAACGGUGACCAGAUAUAACUGUAUAUAUAAACUAUUAUAACCGUGUAAAGUAUUGUUUUAUAGUUUUGGGGUCUGUUUGGGCAGAUUUCUGAUGGAAUACAAUAGUGUUGACUUGGAGUGA